GGAAGGCAAGGCAUUGAAUGCUAACAAGGAGAGUUAAUGCUCAAGCACUGCUAAAAGGUGUGGGGGGGUUUUUAACAUCAAGCAAUGGAGAAGUACAAUUAACCUGGUAUGUGCCAGAUCACAAUUUACGCUGAUCGUCAUCAUCAUCAUCGGCACAACCAUCUUCAUCUUUCCCGUUGAAUGAAAUGUAUCAAGCUUGCAUGGGAUCCGGAUACUGACAAUGGAGAUUGAAAAUAUCGUGGCCAACACUGUGCUGCUAAAAGCAAGAGAAGGUGGUGGUGGGAAGAGGAAUGGCCGGAGCAAGAAAUGGAAGGAGAUGCUGAAGCUGCCACACAUCAGUGUGUGCGAAGACCUGAGACGGACUAUCGAAAGGGAUUACUCCAGCCUGUGUGAGAAGCAGCCGAUUGGCCGGCUUCUGUUCCGGCAGUUCUGCGACACUCGGCCGGAGCUGAGACGAUGCAUUGAGUUCCUAGACGCUGUGGCGGAGUAUGAGUUGGCGCCAGACGAGAAGAGGAGAGACUGCGGUUUGAAUGUUUUAGACACAUACUUUAAUAACGGGUCGACAGCCCAUUUACCAGAAAUACCUCAUGAAGUGGUGGAAGAGUGCCGAGACAAACUGGAGCAGAGUCCGUGCAAAGAGCUCUUCAAGGAGUGCACUAGAAUUGUUCGUGAAUAUCUCAGCGGCGCGCCGUUCUCCAGCUAUCAAGACACAAUGUAUUUCUCUCGGUUCUUGCAGUGGAAGUGGUUAGAAAGGCAACCCGUAACCAAAAAUACCUUCAGACAUUACAGAGUACUAGGAAAAGGUGGAUUUGGCGAGGUUUGUGCCUGCCAAGUCCGGGCCACGGGUAAGAUGUACGCCUGUAAAAAGCUGGAAAAGAAAAGAGUAAAGAAGAGAAAAGGUGAAGCAAUGGCAUUAAACGAAAAACGCAUUUUAGAGAAAGUUAACAGUAGUUUUGUAGUUAGUUUAGCCUACGCGUAUGAAACCAAGGACGCCCUUUGUCUAGUGCUCACGAUAAUGAACGGCGGGGAUUUGAAGUUCCACAUCUACAACAUGGGAAACUCGGGCUUUGAGGAGCAGCGGGCCAUCUUCUACGCGGCGGAGAUCUGCUGCGGGCUGGAGGACCUUCAUCGGGAGAGGAUAGUCUACAGGGACCUGAAACCUGAAAAUAUCCUUUUGGAUGACCGUGGGCACAUCCGAAUCUCAGACCUGGGACUAGCCGUCCAGAUCCCGGAGGGAGAGACGAUACGAGGGAGGGUGGGCACCGUGGGCUACAUGGCUCCGGAGGUGAUUCAGAAUGAGAGCUACACCUUCAGCCCGGACUGGUGGGGGCUGGGCUGCCUGAUCUUCGAGAUGAUCCAGGGCCAGUCUCCCUUCCGCCGGCGCAAGGAGCGCGUCAAGCGCGAGGAGGUGGACCGGCGGGUGCGCGAAGACCAGGAGGAGUACUCCGACAAGUUUUCGGAGGAGGCCCGGGACAUCUGCAGAUUGCUGCUGGCAAAGGACCCCAAGGAGCGUCUGGGGUGCCAGGGCCGGGGGGCUGUGGAGGUGAAGCAGCACCCUAUCUUCAGGAACAUCAACUUCAAGAGGCUGGAGGCAAACAUGCUUGACCCUCCCUUCAUCCCUGAUCCACGAGCAGUUUACUGCAAAGACGUCCUGGAUAUUGAACAGUUCUCCACCGUCAAAGGAGUGAACCUGGACCCAACGGACGAUGACUUCUACCACAAAUUCGUCACAGGAAGUGUCUCCAUCCCCUGGCAAAAUGAGAUGAUCGAGAUGGAGUGCUUCAAAGAGAUCAAUGUGUUUGAGACGGACGGCGUCCUCUGUCCAGACCUGGAUGUAAAUAGACCCAACCCCCCGCCAAAGAGAGGCUUCUUCUACAGGCUCUUCAGGAGAGAGGUCUGUUUUAAGAGUGGCUACAGUGAUGACGACGAGGAGCCGUCCCGACUUUAAACCACUCUUGUCCGCCAAAAG